UCUCUCCUCCCUCUUUUCCCUAAGAGGUCAGCCCGUCUCUAAGGUCUGGGGUGGAGCCAGGAUAGUACAAAUACCCUACAUAUUUUGGUCUAGCCUUCUUGAGACGGACGUGGAACAAUUUCUGUGUCUGUUCUCUCUGUGGUGGCUACACAGGCAAAGAGGAUCCUGGUAACAAGGAAGGGACCGUACCUUUAGAGGGAAUGUUCAGAACCUUAGGUCUCAAUGACAGCAGAAUUCAGGCUCAGGAUUUUGGCUCAUUCAAGGGGAGCUGGCCUCAGGCUCCAGCACUGAUCUUCCUCACAGGAAUGGGAUCUCUUAGAUGUAUACAUCUCUGAUUGAGGACUUCCGUCAAGACGGUUUUCUUCGGGCCAAAACAACUGAGUGCUCAUGGCACACUAGAGACAAGACUCACGAGUAAAGAAGCCAUCUUGGAGGUCUAGCCCCCUCAAGACUUCAGGAGACUUCAGCACAGUCACCAUCUGACUGCAAGGCGUAAAACACUUCAGUGGGCACAUUCUCAGAGGCUGGAAGACAAGGUUCUGGGGAUCCUGCAAAGAGACUGUCUAAGCAACUCCAACCUGCUUGUCCCAGCAGAAAAUAACAGUGAAGAGAAACUCACAUAUAACUUCAGCUGAGACCUCCCACAGUUAACUGCCAUGGAUCAGUUUAUCUCAACUUUCCUAACAGAAAAGAAGUUUCAGCAACUGUCUUCUGAAUUUCCCCGUUACUACUCCACAUUAAUCAAUAACACAGGAGGCAUCCUCUCUCAAGAAACCCUGAAGGGUAUUCAAGCAGACCUUCGGGAGGGGAAGCUAAAAGAUAUGGUUGAAAAGAUUCAGAAAUCACUUGUGGAAGCACAGAAUGCUCCCCUGGAUGUGGCUGUGAUAGGGGAGUCUGGCGUUGGGAAGUCCAGUUUCAUCAAUGCCCUGAGAGGGCUGAGUCACGAAGAGAAGGAGUCUGCUAGUGUUGGGGUUGUGGAGACUACCAAGGAGAAAACUCCCUAUCAACAUCCAAAAUAUCCCAAAGUGACCUUCUGGGACUUGCCUGGAAGUGGAACCCCCAAUUUCCUUCCAGAGACUUAUCUAGAAACAGUGGAGUUUGCCAAAUAUGACUUCUUCAUUAUCAUUUCUUCUACUCGUUUCACCUAUAGUGAUGCUCUACUGGCUCAGAAAAUCAAGAAUGACGGAAAAAAAUUCUACUUUGUUAGAACCAAGGUGGACAAUGAUUUAUAUAAUGAAGAGAGAAGCAAACCCAAGUCCUUCAAAAAGGAGAGAGUCCUUCAGCAGAUCAGAGACCACUGCCUGGCAAAUCUCAGUCACAUUGGUGUGCCUGAGCCAUGCAUCUUCUUGGUCUCCAACUUUGACCUGGCUGACUUUGAUUUCCCAAGGCUGGAGGAGACACUGUUGAUGGAGCUCCCUUCUCACAAGCGCCACACCUUUGCACUCCUGAUCCCCUGCUUAUCGGACUCUGCCAUUGAAAUGAAGAGAGAUUUCUUCAAGGGGAAGAUCUGGCUGGAUGCCCUGAGUACAGCAGCUUUGGCCCUCAUCCCCUUCAUGCCAUUUAUCUAUGGCUUUGAUACCCCUGAACAGGAAAAGUGCUUGGGACUUUACCGAAGCCAUUUUGGUCUGGAUGAUAAAUCCAUCAAAGAGAUUGCCCAGAAGUUGGGCACACCUGAGCAGGAGAUUAGAAGCUCCAUCAAGUCCUUGGAUUUUCAAUCACUUGUGAAGGAUGAUGAAAUAGUUGCAAAAGCCAAGAAAUGUGUUGAGUCCUACUGCUCAUUGAAGGGCGGUCUCCCAUCUUCUGUCUUCCAGUUUGUCAAAGUCUACCUUCUACGUUUGAAAUUCCUCAACACAGUGGCUGAUGAUGCCAAAAUCAUCUUGCAAAAGACUUUAGAGGGCUGAAUUCUAAGAAAAUGAGGGGGAGGAGGGGUGACUUGCUUCACUGAAGAAUAAAUGGGUCUCAGGUCCUGUGGCCUACGGAUGGGGGGAGUCCUCUUCCUCUCAACACCCAAGCUAACUCUUCCAUAAGGCGAAAGAUGUCUUUCCAGAGGAAAAAUGCUUAUUGUUGUGCAUGGGGAUUUGACCAUCCUGUAUGUUGCUUGAAUCACCAUAGAAACACACCACAUUCUUUCCAUUAAUUCCCAUGUGCUAUGAAGUAUUCUGUACAUGCAUUUUUUACUCAGAUAACAAACAUUUAGUAGCAAUUGAGAUGGCUGUUAUCCAUUGACUUUCUUUUUUAUUAUUUUUUUUAAUCUAGUCUUUUUUAAAUGUCAAUGAGCAAGAUAUUUGUCUACUAUUUUGACAACUUUUUUUUUUUUUUUUUUUUUACAAUUUCUCCAUUUUUUUAACUCCCCAUUCCAUCUCCUCUAUCCCUUGGUAGCCACUCAUCUUCUUUUGUUUUAAUGGUUUGUCUAUUCUAGAUUAAAAAAAAAAAUCUUUUGUUUUAAUGGUUUGGAUAGUUCAUACAAAUUGAACCAUAUGAUAUUUGUCAUGUUUUGUCUAGCUUAUUUCACCUACCAUAAAGUUUUCAAGGUUCAUACAUGUGGUGACAUGAAUCAGAGCUUCCUUUCUCUUUAUAGCUGAACAGUGCUUCAACAUAUUGGUAUAUCAUAUAUGGUUUAGUCAUUCAUUUCUAAGUAGACACUUGCAUUGUUUCUGCCAUUUACUGUUGUGAAUAAUGCUGCAAUGAGCAUUGGUAUACAUUUGUCUGUUUGAGUUGCUGCUUUCAAUUCUUUUGGGUAUAUAACCAGGACUAGAAUUGCUAAGUCAUAUAUUUCUAUGUUUAACUUUUUUAAGAAUCACCAAAUUGUUUUCCACAGUGACUGCACCCCUUUGCAUUCCCACCAGCAGUGUAUGAAUAUUUUAAUUUCUCCACACUCUUGCCAACACUUGUUAUUUCUCUCUUUUUUCUUUUUUUAAUAACAGCUGUCUAGUGCCUGUGAAGUAGUAUCUCACUGUGGUUUUGAUUUGCAUUUCUCUAAUGGCUAAAGAUGUUGAGCAUCUUUUCAUGUGUUUGUUGGCCGUUUGUGUAUCUUCUUUGCAUCAUUUGCUGAAGAGACUAUUCUUUCCCCGUCGAAUGAAUUUGGCAACAAUUGGCCAUAGAUGUAUAGGUUUAUUUCUGGAUUCUCAAUUCUAUUCCCUUGGUCUGUAUGUAUAUCCUUAAACUAGUACCACACUAUUUUGACUACUGUAGCUUUAUAGUACUUUUUGAAAUCAGGAAAUGUGAGUUCUCUUGCUUUGUUCUUCUUUGUUGCUAUUCUUUUGGCUAUUUGGGGCCCACUGCAAUUUCAUAUGAACAUGAGGAUCAUUUUUUCUAUUUCUGCAAAAAAUGUUGUAAUUUUAAUAGGAAUUGCAUUGUAUCAAUAGAUUGCUUUUGAUAAAAUGGACAUCUUAAACAAUAUUAAGUCUUCUAAUCCAUGAACACAGAAUGUCUUUCCAUUUAUUUAGGUACCCUCUAAUUUUUUUCACCAGUGUUUCAUAGUUUUCAGUGUAAAAGUCUUUCCCUCCUUGGUUAAAUUUAUUCCUAGGUAUUUUAUUCUUUUAGAUGCUAUUGUAAAAGGAAUGAUUUUCUUAAUUUCCUUCUCAGAUUGUUCAUUGCUAGUGAAGAGAAACAACAUAUUUCUGAAUGUUGACCUUCUACCCUGCCAAUUUGCUGAAUUUGUUUCUUACAUCUAGUAUCUUUCUUGGGGAUUACUAUAUAUGUAUAUAUAUGUGUAUAUAUAGUAUCACAUCAUCAGUGAAUAGAGGUACGUUUUAUUUCUUCUUUUCUGCUUUAGAUGCCUUUUGUUUUUGUUUGUUGCCAAAUUUCUCUGGCUAGAACUUCUAGUACAAUGUUGAAGAGCAGUGGUAAAAGCAGGCAUUGUUAUCUUGUUCCUGAUCUUAGGGAAAAGCUUUCAGUCUUUUUCCAUUGAGUAUGAUGUUCAUUGUGGGGUUUUCAUAAAUGCCCUUUAGCAUGUUGAGGAAUUUCCAUUCUAUUCUUAAUUUGCUUUUAUCAUGAGGGGUGUUGGAUUGUGCCAAAUGGUUUCUCUAAAAAAAAAAAAACAAAAAAAAACCCUUGCUGUCAAGUCGAUUCCAAC